GCUGCCUCGUUUUUCGUCGCCAACCAUUCCGUCCUCGUCGUCGCGCUCGUCGCCCCCCUCCCCCCGCCGACAACCCCCUCCUCCUCACCGCCAUGCUCGCCGUCCACAAGCCACCACCAGCCCACUUUGCCCCGCCGCUCUUCCGUCCGACGCACAGUCGCCACUCCACGGCACCCGUCGUCAUCAAGCCCACGCACACACCCGGCCUGCUCUCGCUCUCCAAGCCUACCCAGCCGGCUCUGCGUCCUCAGUCGGUCCAGCGAGAGCGCCAGGUCCGCUCGUCGCCCCGAGGCAAGAAGUCGACUCCUGCGCAGCAAGCGCCCGCACUCGCGCCCGCUGUCGAGGACAGCAAGCCGUCGAGCACACCCGCAAAGGCGGAUGGCGCGGCCGCAGACAAGGCCAAAGUGCAGUCUGGUCCGGCUCCUGCGGCUGACAAGUCCACUAGGGGCCGUCAGCCCAGCAAGCCUGCCAAAGAUAAGGCACAGCGAAGGAGCGCAUCAUCUUGUUCCCGUAUCCCUGCGCGACGACCCGCACACCAACCAUCUCCUCCCCCCGCCGACAGGAUACCCUCGCAGGCAGAGGUUACUGUCCAACGCCCGACCAAGUCCCGUCCCACUCAAAGCACUUCGGUAUCGGGGCUCAACGAUCCUUUCGCCAUUUUUGAGUCUUCUACCGAGGCGGCCCCGAAAGAGUCAGCAAAGGCUGGCUCGAAGGGCCCUGCUUUCCGUCCACUCCCGCCGCUUGCCCAGCCAUCCGGCAAGCUCGCCCGCCGUCGCCAGAUAAACGCUCGCGCGUCGCCGACGCCAACCGCCCCGAAGACCCAGCAGCAGCGCAAGGACCGUAUUGCUGCUCUUGUUGGCUCCGUCACCGAGGAUCUUUCUCAGCUCAGCAUCCGCGAUGAGGUCUCCGCUACCCAUAUUCGGCGCAGCAAGGCCAACCGUGCCGCAGCGGAGGGCUGGCCCGUCUUCCCUGUUUGCGAUGACUCGAGCGAGGCUGACGACAGCGAUGACACCCCGCCGACGACUCCCAUCCGUGAGUCCGCGAGCGUGCCUGUCAAGAAGCACGUUCGUCACUGGCCUACCCAGGGUGCCCACGACGCGCCGCGCACUGCCCCUCUCUCGUCGACUUUUGUCUUUCCGUUCAUCCCGAGCCCCUCUUCCUCCCCGACGCCCGCUCAACGCCGCCGUAACCACCGCCGCGUCCCCAGCGAGGGUGUCUUCCACAUGUCUAUGGACGAAGAUUCGUCGUCGUCGUCAGCCUCCGAGUUCCCUCCGACGGGCAAAGUACUGCACCCCCGGUCGAAGCGCCCCGCCCCGCAGCCUCGCGAGUCAGUCGCAGGCGAAGCAUCCACUUCCGCUCCCCAAGCGGGCUUCUUCGCGGGUUCGGCGUUCCAAAACUCGCCCAGUCCUGACGAACUACCGCCGCCAUCAUUCUGAUUGUAUUUGUACAUUCCUUAGAAUUCAUCAAGUGUAAAGUCCAAGUUUACCGGGCCCAUAGAUGCUCCUAUAUUUCAUCGCUGGUUCUCAAGUCUAAUACCCAAUACUCCGAAGCCCUUCGUCGAUUACAUAAUGUGUCCACUACUUCCUUCUGCUG